AUGUGCCUGCUGGCCGGCCUGUUCGGAGGGGACGCGCACCACGACGGCGACGGCGGCGGCGGCGGCGGCGACUCGGCGCGGGCCGCCUGGAAGCCGUCCUGCGGGAACCUGGGGCUGCUGCUGCAGCGCUUCAUGGAGCUCGCAGUGAUGCCGUACAGCAGCGGGGCCGUGGCCACGGUCUCAGCGAUGCCGGUGCCCUCGGCCAGCCGCUUCUCGGCGGGCUCCUACCGCCUCAGCUCGUCGCUCAGCAGCCCCAGCUACUACACGUCCGAGUACCGCUCCAAGUACAGCACCCCCUCCAGCUCGACGUCGUCGGUGGCGGCGUACGGCCGGCGGCACCUGAGCCUGUCGGAGGCGGACUCCGGGCUUGGCGCCUCGUCGCGCUACAGCUCCGCCUCUGGCUCCAGCUUCAGCCUCUCGUCGUCGUCGUCGCGCGAGCGCAGCGAGGCGCGCGAGACCGCCUACUCGCGGGCGUCCAGCCGGUCGCGCGCCGACUCCGCCGCCCCCUCGGCGUCGGCCUCUGCCGGCUCGUCGGCCGGCGUCUCGGGCGGGCGCGCGCCGCGCAGCUCGACGGCGGCCGCGCUCGACGCCGUCCAGGACCUGUACAACAAGUACUCGCCGUCCGCCUACCUCUCCCCGGCCUCUUCCUCGUCCGCGUCCUCUUCCUCGGCGUCGUCGGACGACGAGGCGGCGGCCGCGGCCGGCGCGGGCCCCGCGCCCACGGGGGUGGCGGCGGCGGCGGCGGCGGCGGGGGCGGCGAGCGGCGGUGGCGACGAGCCCGCCCCCGUGUCGGAGGUGCGGCGCCGCCUGGACUCGGUGUCGGCGUCGCCGUCGCCGCCCCCCGGCGCGUCCCCGUCGCGGGUCGCAAAGGCAAAGAGCAGGGCGGACUCGAGCGAUGAGGAGAGCUCCGACGAGGAGGCGCGGGACCGCGUGGUCGCGGGGGCGGCCCGCCUGGGCACGGUGCGCCGCCGGCCCCCGUCCCAGGCGGCCUCCGCCUCCUCCGCGGGCUCCGCCGCCCGCUUCGACAGCCAGCCGGAAAUCAGUGCUUCUCCACGUCUCUUGCGUGGCUAUUCACGAACUCCAGGAAAUGAACGCGGUGGUCUUGCUGGCUUGCGUAACAUUGGAAAUACAUGCUUCAUGAAUUCUGUGAUCCAGUGCCUCAGUAAUACAAAACCUCUGCUGGAAUACUUGCUCAAUGAUGGCCACCUGACUGACAUAAAUACAACUGUUUCUGGUAUGAAAGGGGCCCUCAUUAAAGCAUUCACUACAGUAAUUCAAGAACUAUGGCACAGUGACAGUAAUGGCACAGUCGUAAAUACUACAGCACUGAAAUCACAAAUCCAACGAUUUGCACCACGUUUUAUGGGCUACAGUCAACAAGACGCUCAGGAAUUUCUGCGAUAUUUAUUGGAGGGGCUACACGAAGAUGUGAAUCGUGUUACUGUCAAACCUAAACCGAUUCUUACAGAAAUUGAUGAGACAUUAAGUGACCAGCAGAAAUCAGCCGAAGCUUGGAAACGGUACCUUCGUGCCGACGACAGCAAGAUAGUGGACAUCUUCGUGGGCCAACUCAAAUCGACACUGCGAUGUACGGUGUGUGGUCACUGCUCUGUGACAUUUGAUCCCUUUUGGGAUCUCUCUCUGCCUAUCCCUGUGCGUACGGGGCAAGUGCGUCUCCAGCAGUGUCUCGACAGUUUCACACGGGAGGAAGUCCUCGAUGGUGAUGAGAAACCUACAUGUUCAAAGUGCCAGAUGCGUCGAAAAUGUACAAAAAGUUUCACUAUCCAGAAGUUUCCGAAGAUUUUGGUGCUUCAUUUGAAACGGUUUUCACCUACUGAAAGGUUCCGUGGUAAAUUGAAUGUGACUGUUGACUUUCCACUAACUGGCCUAGACCUGAGUGCGUAUGCUGCUAACAGGGGUCAGGGUUGCACAUACAACUUGUAUGGAGUUGCAAACCACUCUGGGACAACUUACUCGGGACACUACACUGCAUACUGCAAGCAUCCUUAUACGGGAGAAUGGCACGAGUACAAUGACUCGAGGGUAUCAACCAUUUCAUCUAGAAGUAUCAUGUCAAGUGAAGCCUAUGUCCUAUUUUAUGAACUUUUUGGACACACAUCACAUUUAUAAUCUUAGUGUGCCUCCAUUAUAUUGUGCCUUCACCAGUCGAAAAGUGAAAGAACACUUAAAAUCUCAGAUUUUAUACAAAAUUUGACAUUGGUCAUUGUAUUAUUUAUUUAAUUUUGAAAUUAACUGAGGAGGUGUUGCCUGUUUCUUUAUUGCUGGAAAGUUUUUUAAAAUUAUAUGUUUGUUUUAAAGCAAUGUAACAAGCAAAUUGUGUGAAAGAGAAAGUGAGAAAGACACGUCAGAAAUUUUAAGAAAAUUGUAUAUUAUUAAAAUAAAAGAGAAACUAUCAAACUUCUCAUAAUAUUAUGAACAAGAGUAAUGAAAUAAUUUCAUUAUUUGUCAUAAAAUAACCUGCAUGAUGCACUAGUACAAACAAAAUGUCCCUGUUAUUGUCAUUGUGCAUCCACAGCUAACUAUGUUUAACAACUGAGUGGAUUUUUUUUAAUAUAUGUAAGAAUCAUUAUGCCUGUGAGUAUUUUUUAAUUUUAAAAAUAUUUUAUAAGGGUAUAGAAAUGUUACCAUAAGCAAUGUAUUGCAAAUGUUCUCUUUUGACUUAUAUAUCACGAGUUCAUCUUUGGUACUUACGGUUAGUAUUACGUGACCAAGGAUCUAACAGUUUAUCUUUAAUUUAUUUUACAAGUGAAUCAUUAUUUUUACUAUUUCAUGAGCAAUGUUAAGCUGUUUAGUUUCUUUCAGCAUGAUACACUGUACAUAAUUUACAGGCUGAAUCAUAGAUGAUCAACUUCUUCCCCUCUUAAUAAAUGGUGCCAGGUAUAUGGAAUUCCGUUUUUAACUGCGUUAUAGGUAUUCCAGUAUUUGUGUGGAGAAAAAACCCUAUUUAUUCUCAACAUAAAUAUUUCUGUUCAUGAAUUUAUAUCAUCUAAGAUGUCAAGGAUAGGUAUAUGUGUAAUACAUCUGGAAGGUACACAAAUAAUAAUUUCAUAAGAAGCUAAGUGGAAGUGAUGAGAGAGUAAAAUUGGGUGGGGGGAUGGGGGGGGGGGGGGGGGUGACGCAUCCUGAAAAUCAAUAAGAAAAUAUAAAAAAAUAAAAAAGAUUUCAGCUAUAAACUUGAACCAUUCAUUCUUCCUGUACAUGUAUUGCUUCUGUGUAGCAGAAGAUCAUUAUCAUAAUUUAAGAAAUAUUUAUUGUUGUUGCUUGCCAUGUGGUGUCUUUUGUAAAUAUACCAGUGUCCAUAAGAAAUACUCUACUUUUGACCAUAACUAUCAAUGAUAAAUGUUGAUGGUUUCCUUAAAUGGCAUGUAUCUUUUUAUUGCACCUCUAUGAAGGUGGGUUGUGAAUACAGAGCUCGAUUGUGAUUGGUGUUGAUAUUUCAAGUAAUUGUUGUGAUUAUAAUUGUGAUAAGUAGCACUGUGAUGAAACUUUAUAAGCUUACGUCAGCAGACAACAAUGAACAAUUCAUGGACUAAUAUAGAUUACAGAAGAUGGCAUUGUGUCAUAUAGUAAACAUUGUUUUAGGGUAUAUUGUGUUGUACACUGGCAAAUAAUAGUGGAAAGCAUUGUUGGUUUCUAAAUGACAGUCAUGUUGGAAAGUAAUUUAGUCUUAGAUUCACUGUCAAAUAUCAUUUUUCUAUUCAUUCCAACAUAUUAUUUAUUAAUAUAAAUGUUUUGUUGUACUCUUAUUGUCUAGAAGAAUUUUGUUUUACUAGACAUAACCAGCAGUAGUUGAAGCAUUGCAAACACAGUGUACAUACAUUUAAACAGCUUAUCAUUUGUGGAAUUUCUCUGAUGCUUAUGUAAUUUGUGACCAUGACUGAUGCAGGGAGCACAGUCCUAAUAAUCUGUGAUGCAGAUUAAUAUUGUAGAAAAAAGCUGAAGAAUCUCAACAUGGCCCAAAUAAGUCAUAUUUUAUACCUAAAAUGGGAAUUUUUGUGCUUUAUUAGACCCGAUGUCUCCCUGGAUCAAUCCUUCUUCAGCUCACUUUGCAAGGGAAAAGGAGAAUUCAGGUCCUGAUGACUGUCAUAGGAAUAUUGCUGGCUCUGCCCAUUUUCGGUGUUGUAGUGUGUGAUGUUUAACCUCAUUCAGUAGCCAAAGAAAUUUUACUUGUUUACUGUAAAUACCCGAAUUUGUUGCCCACUUCCACAUAACUACAUACAGCCAUAGAACGUACAUUUAAAGCCUAAAAUGAGAUUAAAAGAAUGAACAAAGCAAGAAAAUUUGACAUUUGUGUUAGAUGUUGCUGUUACUCUUGUUUCUUAUAAAAUCCUAUUUUAGUGCUGUUGUUGCAGUAAAUCUGUGGUCACCAAAGGUACUGUACUUUGGGAUGUAGUUUAGGUUCAAGCCUCAGAAGUAAUAUUGAGAUAUGAGUUACUGUUGCGUAAGGCUGUGCACAAAAUUAUGCUAACAGAAAUCAUUUUCAUAAGUAAUGUUUUGGUAUGUAGCAUAGUAGUUAUUGUAAAAAUACAAAAUCUGUUAAAUUUACAAACACUGUGCAUAGACCACAGAAGGAUAACAUUGUGAGUUAACAGUAUGCAUAACAACCAACCAAUGAAAGAUCAGCUACACAUUUUUUGAAUUCUGUGAGCCACCUGCAGUGUCCUUUGUUGUUUUAUAUAAGUAAGCUAUAUAACUUAAAUAUUUAUUUAUUUAUAAAUUGUCUGAACAUAAAUUAAAAUCAGUUUGUACAUAAAA